UCGGAUAAAUACCGACAUGUUUUCUGAGUUGGACUUUCUUUUAUAUGAUGAAUACGAAGACGAAGAGGCCGAGGAUCGUUCGUUUGACUCAAAGCUUCGAAAUGAUUUGGUCAGGCAAGUGUCUAACGACGCGAGAUCAAGAAAAUCCAUCAACGCUGUAGAUGUUAAUUCCAGAAACGCAAAUGGAAAUACAGCUCUCAUGCUGGCAGUGCGAAGCAGGGAUCUGGGAACUUGUCAGUUCCUGCUUGAGCAAGGAGCAAAUCCUAACAUCCUGCGUUCUCAAUCAAGUAUGGUCACCGCCUUGUCAAUGGCAAAUAAAUUGUACAAUACACAGUUUAUCCGUUCGCUUCUCAGACACGGAGCUCAUUUCUCGUGUAGCCAAGGUUUAGAAGUUUUAGAGAAAGCUGUUUCGUGCAGCAUGUACAAUGACAUAAUUGCAGGUGAAACCAAACUUUCUCAGAUUAAAAGUAGGCAGAACUUUGAAACGGCUUUAAUUGUUGCCAAUCGGCACGGUAGAGAGGAUCUUGUGACUAGACUGAUACAAAACAAAGUAUCUUUAGGAUUGUCACUUAUGCAUACAGACUCGCUAGAUUUAAUAAGAAAGAUCAUCUCAGCUGGCACGGAUGUCAACUUUACAGAUUUUAGUGGAAGAACAGCUCUUCACAAAGCGGCCUUAUCGGGACGAUUGGAUAUUGUGCAACUUUUAGUGGAAGCGAAAGCUCAUAUAGACGCAGUAGACCAGGAAGGGAAUACACCGCUUCUGCUGUCGAUACCAAAUUCUAAGGAAACAAUUUCAUACUUCAUUGGGAAAAGUUGCAACAUCAACUGUGUCAAUUCAAAAGGAGAGGCUCCCUUAUUUAAACUUGUGAAAUAUGGAUUCUUGGAACAGAUCAAAGAGCUUCUUAAAAAAGGUGUUUAUAUUAAUGUUAUAAAUUCCUCAAGAGAAAAUGCUUUACACUUGGCUAUAAAGGAAGACAAAUAUGAAAUAGCUGAAUGCCUUAUAGAAAAUAAAAUUGAUGUUAAUAUUCUGACUUUGGAUGGUCUUUCUGCUCUGUUGUUGGCAAUCGAUAAAGGAAGUGAUAUUUUCGUAAAUUUAUUUCUUAAAGCAGGUGCAGAUGUGAACUGUAAAGAUAGUCGAGGAAAUUGCGCGUUAAUUAAAGCAAUUUCUGUCAAUUACAAAUUGGCCAGAAAUGAUAGUGAAAAACUGAAAAACAUUAAAAUAGCAGAAGCUUUAAUAAAAGCAGGGGCCGAAGUAAACUGCAUUGACUCAGACUCCAUUCCAGCAUUGAUUCUCUGCUUAGAAAAUGAAAACUUUGACUUGGUCAAACUUCUCAUUGACCGAGGUUGUAAUGUUAAUGUCAGAAAUAAAGAUAUGUUGACAGCUUUGAUGCUCGCUGUUGAUAAGAAUCAGAAAGAUAUCGUUGAGAGACUAUUGCAGGCAGGAGCGGAUGUCAAUGGCACAGACUCUGAAGGAAACACAGCACUUAUGAGAGCAGUCCUGAAAGAGGAAAUAACAAGCAAAUAUACUGGCCUUUACUUCUACCACCAUGAAUCUGUGACCGUCAAGAAAGGUCUUAAUGACUCUGACGCUUUGGAGAUAGUAAGGCUCUUACUUCAAAAUAAUGCGGAUGUAAAUGUUGUGAAUAAUUGUAAACAAUCUGCUCUAACCAUUGCUCUGAGAAGGCACACUGGAGACGUAGCCAAACUACUUGUACAGAACGGAGCUGAUGUUAACUCUUAUACAUCGCCCUGUGAAGCGCCUUUGUUUAUAGCUACAGAGAAAUUAGAGUCUGGUCUCGUUCAUGAAAUUGUGAAAUCGGCCAAAAAUGUCAAUAUUCAAGAUCAAAAUGGAAAUACUCCGUUAAUGAUAACAUUGAAUAGAUCUUGUAAAUGUUCAUUCUACCGUGAGGAAGCAAAUAAAUGUUUCAAAAUUGUCUGCUGCUUACUAAAACAUGGCGCUGAUGCUGAGUUAGCCAAUAAGAAAGAGGAAAUUCCGCUUUUAGUGGCAAUUAAGAACAGCAGUAUUAAAAUUGUUAAAUAUUUGCUUCAGGCCGGAGUUAAAAUUUCUUUAUGUGAUUCCCAGGGCAACCAUGCUCUUCAUUACCUGGCAAGACGCAAAAACAAAAAUUUACUCAUAUAUUUUCUAAACAAAUUUUACUCUCAUGAUGCUGAGCAAAGCGAGGAGAUCGAAUUUCCAAAAAGAAAAAAAAUGAAACUUGAUUUUGAUUUAGAUCGAAGAAAUAAUAAAAAUGAAACGGCUUUAUUCAUCGCUGUAAAAUGCAACAGGAAAUCAAAUGUGAAAAUAUUAAUUGAAGCCGGAAGUGACUUAAACGCAAGGUCAUGCUCCAAUAAAACACCGUUAGCCUUGGCGCUGCGUCUUGGCUUUGAUAGACUUGCUCUUUUGUUGAUGCAACACGGCAGCGAAUUACAUAAUAUAAAUAAGAAAGGGCACGACGCAUUUCAUUUAUCUGUACAACAUAGAUGUCCUCAAUCUUUCUAUUGGAUCAUGGCUGCUGGUACGAAUAUCUUUAAAAGAAACAAUGUCGGUGGAACAGUUUUGCAUUAUUCAACGACCGUGGAAAUAGCCGGGUCUUUGCUUAAGGCGGGACUUGAUGUUAACGAUAAAGACAAUUUAGGCAGAUCACCGCUGCACAUGGCAGUUUUAAAUGGAAAUGUAGAGCUAGCCAAAUAUCUUCUGGAAAAUGGAGCCGAUGUGAACUCGGCUACACGUUUUGGAAAUACACCAUUGAUAUUGGCUGUGAAGUGCUGUAGGCCUAACAUACCUUUAAUAAAACUGUUGUAUGAAUACAAGGCAGACGUGAACAAGCAGAACAGAUUUGGUUAUUCCCCUUUUCUAAUAGCCGCCAAGCGAAUAAUAGAUAGUAAUGCUUAUGAUGUUUUAUUUUUAUUUGAUGAAAUUCUUGCAUUCAGCCCUAAUUUAGAUUUACAAGAUAAUCUCGGACGAACAGCUCUGAUGUUCAUAGCAGCAAAUCGUUCGUGGAAAUUUUUGGAACUCAUUUCUAGAGGGGCCAAAGUUCACAUCAAAGACAAAGAGAAAAGGUCAGCUUUGGUGUACAUUUUACUGAACAAAUCAAACUUUAUUCAUGUUGAAACAUUCCUAGAAAACAGCAAAACAAUCGCAAUUCUUGAUAUAAAAUACAAAUAUUUGCUGAAAGAAUUCGCCAAUAGCAUUACUAGACUUAGCGUACACACUUUGAGUCUAUUUCUGAGCAAUGGUUUCGCCUACAACCUUGAUGACAUUUCUUCUCAAUCUUGCAAUGUGCAAACGUUUAUACAAAGUGGCCAAGUGGACGCACUGCAAAUGUUGAUUGCUACUUGCUACUUAUCGAAUAAUGACCUGAAAACAAUUAUGUCGUAUGGUAGAACAUCUGUUACGUCUGUCAGCCGCGACGUCCGUUAUCUUCUUUUCCGAGCUAGUAGAAGUCCUUGGCCUUUGGUGAAACUGGCAUUUAUUGCAGUUUCGAGUCAGCUUGGAAACAGCCCGGAAAGAGAACAGGAUCUGGAAGAAUCUUUUAUUCCAGAGACUAUUCAAGAGCUGCUUCAGUUUCAAACAAAGCUGGCAAGAGUUCCUGUGCAGUUCUGGAGUCGCAUUCCAUUAUGCUUUGAUCCAAUACAGUAUGAAAGACUACCGAUUCCAAGGCCUCUGCUUUAUUACUGGCCUAUAGGUCAAAAUAUUUUUAAACGCACAAGAAGAAGACUUUGACAGACUUGCAAUUAAAAUGUGAAUACGUAGGUUUCAUAGUGAAACGGAGGGUCCCAGGUUCGAAUCGUAGGAUUUUAAAUUUUGCUGUAAUCUGUACCUGACAAUAGUUAGGAAAACGUAACGGCGGUUGGUAGUUGUGCUAGCAACAUCCUCAUUAACCUUGGGCCACAGAAAUAGAUGACUACAUCGUCUGCCCUAUAGACCACAUAGUCGAAGAAGGGAACUUACUUUUAUAUACUACCUUUUAUAGUAAACAUUUACUUACGCACAUAGAAUAGUAACAUGUAGGCUAAUCAUAAGUUAAAAGUGCAUUUAAAAAAAAAAUUAACAAUAAGAAAUAAUGUUUGUUUUGUGAAGCCAAGGUGAGAACAUUUUAAACAAAUAUUUAUUUAACUAGUGCCGAAUUUUAGUAAGUGCAGGCCCUGGACAGUAUUUUUGUAGAUACACUUACCCUCUUCCAGCUUUAGUAUAAAUUCAAUAAAUACUAAUAAAUCAAAUUAGAUGUCAUAUUUGUGGACAACUUUUAUCUCAUUUCAUGUACUUUCUUACAUGAAUGUUUCAUUAAAAUCAUAUUUUUUAUAACGUAGAGGCGCCUUUAAUGGCGAGCUUUGCGAGGCUGAACAGUCCUGCAUUGCCGUAAAUUCGACCUUAUUUGUUUCCAUACCAGCUUGUCAUAAACCUCCUACAAUAAGAAUGAAUUAUAAGUAUAAAUACUUUAUACAUUUUUAAAGACUUUUCAAUUCGCUUAUGCUUUUAAUUAAUGAUGACCACAUGUACUAUUUUAUCUCCAUUAAUGCGAUAUUUUAUUCCAUUUUUUUGUAUCAUUAGGCUAGUAAGAUAAUGUUAAAUAGAAGAAAGUUGGACCAAUAUUACUGUUAAUUGUUUAAAAAAAAAAGGAGGAUGGUUGGUAUUUAAAUAGAACCUUAUAUUGUUCAUUUGUGUUGCAGUGAUUUAAUUUAUCAAAUAUACUAGGUACUUGCUUAUUCUGGAUAGCUGCCUGUCUGUGCGGUAUGCGCACUGGACAGUUGUUCGAUUGUCUCAACGGUUCAUACCCUGCCCGCUGCCCAUCCCCUGUCGUCCUGCCGCAGGUUUUGGACUAGGAAGUAAGAUUAUCUUCAACUCUGAUGAAACGUUCAAUACAGAAAAAACAUUUGACAGAACUGUGCGUGCGCGUAUUUGACUCGAGAUCCUUCAGGCGAAACAUUCUUCUCCAAGGAGAGACCAUUGAAAUAGUGCAAACUUUUAAACACUUUGGUACUAUCUUAGACGACAAAUUAAAUUUUACUGCUAAUACUGAUUAUAUCAGCAAAAAAGGGCAGCAAAGAUUACGAUUGCUUAGAAAAAUGUCUUCGUUUAAUGUCAGCGAAAAGGCCUUGGCUAUGUUUUAUCACGUUCACAUCUGCAAUAUUUUAAGUUUCAAUAUCACUGCCUGGUAUGGCAAUCUGAGCAUUAAAAAUAAAAAUAAACUUAAUAGAAUCCUAAAUGCUGCUGAUAAAAUCAUUGGCAAAAACAAACCCUAUUUGGGCAGCUGUUUGAGACAAACAUUCAUAUAAAAGCUUAAAAGAUUCUAGAAAUAAAAAAUCACCCUUUGGGUCAAGAUUUUGUGAUUUUACCAUCACAAAAGAGAUACAAGACACAAAACCUCUUUUGUUCCCCUGGCAAUCAAAUAAUUAAAUAGAAGCUAUCCUAUAUGAACUUUUCGCAUGUAAAUUAUGAGUGUAGUCUCCAUAAGAAUCAAGCGCCAACUGUUUUUAAAAAGAACAAAUCAACAAUAUCCCUUUUUCACAUGACGUCACUAACAUCACGUCCAAAGUCCGACAACUUUGGUGGGUUACUAAACUUGCUAUUUACUUGGCUAGAUAGAUGUGUGUAUAUAUAUAUAUAUGACCAUAGACAUGACUAACUUUUAAUAACCCGCUACAUUAGCCCUGCAUUUCGAGGCGGUGCUACUAUUCAAGAAAAAGAGCGCAAGAUCGUACUUGUUUGAACGUUGUAUGCAGGCUUUGAGGCAAAAUAGGGAGCUGGGUGCUAGGAUUAGCAAGUUCUCCUAUUAUACCCACGGCUAACGACGGUGUUAUUUGGCCAGCACAACGACCAAACGCCUUUACCAUAUCCUAACUAAUGUCAGGUACCCAUUAAAGCUGGGUGGACUAGGGGUGCCCUAAAAAUACCCAAAUUCAAAAUCCCUGUCUUAACCUAAAUUCGAAUUUAUGACCUUAGGUUCGGAAACCAUUGCGCCCCUAUGAUUUUAGUGAAUACAUAUUAUUAUUACUAUUUUAUUAAUACGAAAUAAUAACAGAUUUAUAUGAGGACGUAACCAUCUUCUUUUUUCGAAGCAACGUCUGUAGUCUUAUAAGAUUAUCCUAGAAGCUGAAUUUAAAAUAUGCGAAAAUUAAAGUUUAACAGCAAACAGCAGGUUCAAGCAACAUUUUUCUACUUAAUAAGUUGCAGCUAUGACAUGAAUUGCUCAUGAAAGUGACACGGUGGAAAAAAACAAAACCUUUAUAAUAAACUAGAUUAAUCACUCAGAGAGUGAGACCGAGUCAAUUCUUUGUCGCUUCGGAGAUCUAAACGGGACGGAAAGAAAGGAAGGACAGACAGACUACACAAAACUAAUAGCGGAUUUUACCGUUUCUAGGCCGCUAAAAAAACUACAAGACGCCAAACAAAACAAACAACAAUUCCUCUUAACUUAAAAUGUAGGCAGACUACCUUCAACAAAUCAGCAGCUUUAGCCAAGGAAUUUGAGGCGGCGAUACCUAUAAACAUAUAGCUCCUCUCUCGUGAUCGAAAAUGAGCACAUUUCUUAUAUCCUAUGGACUCGCCUUGAAUAGCUUGCUGCAUACGAGGCAUGUGUAUGUUUGGUCAGAUACAGAUAGGCCUACUUUGUUCUCUUAGAUUUGUGUUGGUUCAGCGCUUUCUUACCCUGGCCACUCUUCUCGCUUCAAAUUUCGCGAGUUUUUAGACACAUGAUGCAAACACAACAUAAAUUAAUUUAAAUAAUUAAUUAACAGUACUUUUUACCAUAAAGCUUUACAUUAUUAACUGAAAGACAUAUGUUACUUAGAAAUAAAAUGACUCUACAUUUUAGCAUUAGUGUACGGUAAUUGUUUAUUAUAAAAAGUUGACGCGCCCUCAUUGUUUGUAUUUGACAGGUCUAGUUGUAUCUUUAAUAUGAACUUUAAUAUGCUUAUAUAUAUAUUGUUUGCUCUAUAGUUUAUUGUUCAAGAAAUAUAUAUUUCAUUUUGAGUCUAACUGAAGCAAUGUAGUGCUCAUAAUUAAAAAAAAAAAAUCUUUUAGAAUGCUACAGUACCUUCCUUAGUAAUAUUAAUCUUUUAAAAUAAUGUAUUAAAACUAAUUCAGCUUUUAGUUUUAUCUACGCAAAGCUUAAUACCUCUGUGAAUUUUAUGGCACCAAUUAAGUCAUUGACUAACAUGUAUGACUACAUUGACAAAGGAAAACGCGUAGGACGUAAUCAUCUUUUUUGAAGUAACGUCUGUAUUUCAUAAGAAAAAAUAGCUAUUUUUGCUAUUAUCUAAUAUGGGGCGACCAACUAACGUACAAUUAAUUUCGUUUAAAAUCCUAAUUAAUUGAGCUUUUGUUAAUGUUAUAAAAUGUAUACUUUAUGUUGAUGUGCAUCGCAAAAUUUGAAUGUUUAAUCACGGAACGACGAGUAAUUUUUUUUUUUUAAUUUUAUCUCUGCUUAUAAUUAAAUUGCAAAUAAAUAAAA